AUGCACAAGAAGUUUGUUGCAGCUGGAUUACCUACAAGCCAACUUGACAAACGUGCUACUUUCAUCAAAGUCAAUGUCGAGUCACCAUUCCUAGGCUUAGAUAGUACUUUAUACGACUCGCUCCGUUCAGACGUCAAUCUUAUUGUCCAUGCAGCAUGGCCCUUCAAUUUUAACCUGCCACUAUCUGCGUUUCGUCCACAGCUUGCCGCGUUGGUAAACUUGUUCACUCUAGCUGCUUCUGCUACUUCUCCCACAGUACGGUUCAUUUUCAUAUCAUCAAUAGCUGCUGUGGAGGGAUAUAGACACGGUCCAGCUCCCGAGAAACCCUUCGAAAGCCCCGACACCUGCACCGUUUGGCUACGGCCGCGCCAAAUUCCUUGCAGAGCUGCUUGUCGACGCUGGUGGUCGGCAUCUCGGAAGCAAAGUACCUACGAAUGUGAUCCGCGUGGUUCAGAUCGCCGGUUCUGUGCACAGCCCUACUACGGCUGCAACGGUGUUCAAUCUGCGGAUCCGCAGCUGGUAUCUUGGAGCACGUUGUUGUCUGCUAUUGUGGCAAUUCAGCCGCUUCAUACAGUGUCGCCUGUAACAUGGCUGGCUAGUUUGCGAGCGAGCAGCGAGGCAGGUUAUGAGGAUGUGACGGGGAACCCGGCUGUCAAAUUACUUUAUUCCUUUGAAGGCUUGUGGGCGACACACGCGGAUACUGAGAAAGUGCCAAUGCAGCCUAUGGUGGUGGAGAAGGCCCUCGAAGCAAGCCCUGCCAUGCGAAAGCUAGAUGUUUUUAAGGUGAAAUGGAUGCAUAAAUGGAUUGAAGGAUGGGUGGCUGCGAGGGAGUGA